UAACGUAAUGUAUGAAUGCGUGGAUAUUAUGGCGAAUCCAUUUCAAAGUGUUUAUCAAUUCAAGUGUCGAUACAUUUAAUGAUAGUUUGUUUUUUGGUGACCAAUCCAUCUGAAGAGAGACCAACUGUUGGUGAUAGUGAUGAUGGAGUCGACGACGGCGUCCGCGGACUCGGCGUUCGGUUCGUACUCAUUGUUUCAGUCGAUUGGUUCGGAACCGACACACCUGUGGUCUCACAGAAAGACAUCGCAUUACGAGAGGCCAAACAGCGGACAACACAAGACUGACGAUACACUGGACGAGCUGUUUGUCUUUGGCUACUCGUGUAAACUGUUUCGCGACGACCGUAAAGCCCAAGAGAUAGACAGCGGACAGCAUUUGAUUGGUUGGAACGGCUCUUCAGACCAUCUGAUAGACAGGUUUGACGUGAGAGGAUAUCUCAAUGAUUUAUCCCAAUUUGAUGCCACAAAUAAACACAAUUGGGAACAGUUUACAACAGAAGAGCUAGAAAUGGAGCGAAUGUGUGAUAUUGAACGAUACAUAGACCUCAAGGAUGACGACGAGGAAGAUAAACACGAAGAAGAACUAAAACGUUUGCAUCUGGCUUUGGCUGACGGUUCCGGUUAUAAUGCAAUUAACUAUAACUAUGAUCAAAGUCUUACCACUGCCGAUGUGCCGACAGAUGAGUCCAAUACAUGCAAUGAACAACAAAAUUCAACAAAGAGUGAAAGUGCCGAUCGAUUUAAACUGCCCGCCGGGUUAUGUCCGCCCGAUGGCACACCACUGCCUGAAAGUCAAAAGUUACACAAUAUUAUUGAAAAGACAGCAUUUUUUGUGAGCAAACAAGGAAUGCAAAUGGAAAUAAUCCUUAAGACUAAACUAUCGACAAACAAAAACUUUGAUUUUUUGUCAUUUGAUUCAAAUUUAUAUCCAUAUUAUAAAUAUAUUUUAGAUAAUAUUAAGUCUGGAAAAUAUAUACCAAAACAAACACAAAGUAGUGAUGAAUCAGACUCUGAUGAUUCAGAUGAUGAUCAUUAUCUGCAUCCAAGUCUAUUGGGAUCAUCUGGUGGUAAACCACGAGAGCUACAGACGUUUAAGAUACCAAAUCUAUUGCGAGCCGUUAAUAGUAAUGAUAUCUAUUCACAACUUCUUAAAAGUCUAAAGGAUAGAAUGCCAGUCAAUGUAGAAGUCGAAGAAGAAGAAGAAGAAGAUGACGAACAAUCGAAACCUAUUAUACAAAUAAAAUCUGAUGUAAAAGAAAAUGAUAUUCAAAGACCUCAAAGUAAUGAAACUAAAGACAAAGUUAAUGUUAUUACUCCAUCAACUAAUACCUGGUCUUCAUUACUGCCAAACCCACCCCAAGAAACGGAACAGAUUAUUGAAAAGUUAGCACAAAGAGUGUCCGUCAAUGGCAAUCAAUUUGAGUUAUCAAUUAAGAAAUUAGGAGAAAAACGAUUUGAUUUUGUAAAUCCGGGUCACAUAUAUCACGCUCACUAUGUUAGACGUAAAUUAUAUUAUUUAGAGGAGAACAGGAAAGCAACUAUAGCUCAGGUUAAGGCCAACCAAAAAAAAACAAACAAAAGUGAUGCCAAUCGACACAAAACACCCGUCAGUUUCAGUAUUAGCUUUAAAGAUAAAUCAAGUGUUCAAACGAUUGUCACCGAUGACAAAAUGGUGACGACAAUGAGUUUGUCCAAACAUAAAGACCAACAAACCUCUAAUACUGAAAGUACUUCAAGUAUUCAUACGAAAAAAUCUAGUGAUAACGCACUCAAAGAUAUGUUGGCUCAGGCCGUCAGAGAUAAGGCCACAAAAGAUAAACAGGAAGAACGCAAACGAAAGGCUGCGCUAUUCCUUAAUUCAAUUAAAAGUCAAACUAAAGUGCAAAUCAAAUCAAUUGAAUCGCAUACAAGUGAAACACAUAGUAUUUUUGGACCAGAAUUGCCGAAAACCAGUACAGAUAGUGCACCACUUUCACCAACAAUAGCAGCUAUCACUUCACCCAAUUCCAGUCCAAUACAUGAUAAAAGUAGUGACAGUUCCUUAUCGGAAACAUUGCUAAACCCUAAAGCCCUCGAGUCAGCCAAAAAUAUAUCCCUUUUACCAUUUAUAGUGAAAGACAAACCACUAAAAGAUUUGUCAUUGUUGUCAUCGCACAGUCAUCAUAGGUCACGGCACUCCUCAUCGCACAAGAAGUCACACAAAAGAAAGAGAUCAGCGAAGUCGCGCUCACGAAGUAGUUCCCGUUCUCCGCCAUCUCAUAGAAAGAGUAGAAAGAGUUCCCGUUCAUCAAAAUCUCGUUCCCGAUCAAGAAGUCGAUCCCGUUCUCGAUCUCAUAGACGACAUUAAUCUUUAGAUAUUUUACAUAAUUAAGACCUUAUUUAUAGUUUUUAGUUUCUUAUUUAUAAACAAUAUAUUUGUUAUAAA